GGGGCCGGGCCCCGCGGGAGGGCGCGCAGGGGCCGCGCCGCCAAGGGGGAGCUGCCGGCUGCGGGCGGCUGCUCCGUGCCGCUUUCCCUCCCUCCUUCCCUCCCUCCUUCCUUUCCUCCUCCUCCUCCUCCUCCUCUCUGCGCUUUCCACCUCCCCUGCUCCUGAGUGAGCGCGGCCUCGGAUGUCCGGUUUCCUGGUGGGUUUUUCACCUGGCAAACUCCGGAUAACUUCGGUGAGAAUUCGCAAAGCGGCCGGGAAAGUUGGGAACUCCCCUGCAGGCGUCUAGGAGCUGCUGCUGCUGCUACCGCAUCUUCUCCAUCCCGCGGAUUUUACUGCCUUGGAUAUUGCGAGGGGAGGGAGGGAGGGGGACAGGACAGCGAAAGCCAGGGUGGGGAGAGAGAGGACGAGAAGGAGCCCCGCAGCUCUGCCCGCAUUCCUCCGCUCGCCCCGCGGCCCCCCGCCCUGCCAUCUUAUCACAAUGCACUUGCUGGAGGUGCUCUCCCUCGGCUGCUGCCUCGCUGCCGGCGCCCUGCUCCUGGGACCCCGGCAGCCGGCCGCCGCCGCCGCCUACGAGUCCGGCCAGGGCUACUACGAGGAGGAGCCCGACGCCGGGGAGCCGAAGGCUCAUGCAACCAAAGACCUGGAAGAACAGUUGCGAUCUGUGUCCAGUGUGGAUGAACUCAUGACAGUACUUUACCCUGAAUACUGGAAAAUGUUCAAAUGUCAGUUGAGGAAAGGAGGCUGGCAACACAACAGGGAACACUCUAGCUUUGACACAAGAUCAGAUGAUUCACUGAAAUUUGCUGCCGCACACUAUAACGCAGAGAUCCUGAAAAGUAUCGAUACUGAAUGGAGAAAAACUCAGUGCAUGCCACGUGAAGUGUGCGUAGAUGUGGGAAAAGAGUUUGGAGCAACUACAAACACCUUCUUUAAGCCCCCAUGUGUAUCCAUCUACAGAUGUGGAGGUUGCUGCAAUAGUGAAGGACUCCAGUGCAUGAAUAUCAGCACAAAUUACAUCAGCAAGACAUUGUUUGAAAUUACAGUGCCUCUUUCUCAUGGCCCCAAACCUGUAACCGUCAGUUUUGCCAAUCACACGUCCUGCCGAUGCAUGUCUAAGUUGGAUGUUUACAGACAAGUUCAUUCUAUCAUAAGACGUUCCUUGCCAGCAACACAAACCCAGUGUCAUGUGGCAAACAAGACCUGUCCAAAAAAUCAUAUCUGGAAUAAUCAAAUUUGCAGAUGUUUGGCACAGCAUGAUUUUGGUUUCUCUUCUCACCUUGGUGAUUCUGACACAUCUGAUGGAUUCCAUAUUUGUGGACCAAACAAAGAGCUGGAUGAAGAAACCUGUCAAUGUGUCUGCAAAGGAGGCAUGCGGCCCUCAAGCUGUGGACCUCACAAAGAAUUAGACAGAGCAUCGUGUCAGUGCAUGUGCAAAAACAAACUUCUCCCUGCUUCCUGUGGACCCAACAAAGAAUUUGAUGAAGAUAAGUGCCAGUGUGUAUGUAAAAAGACCUGUCCCAAACAUCAGCCACUAAAUCCUGCAAAAUGCAUCUGUGAAUGUAUAGAAUCUCCCAAUAAAUGCUUCUUAAAAGGAAAAAGAUUCCAUCAUCAGACAUGCAGUUGUUACAGACCGCCAUGUACAGUUCGAACGAAACGCUGUGAUGCUGGAUUUUAUUUUAGUGAAGAAGUAUGCCGCUGUGUACCCACAUAUUGGAAAAGACCACUUAUGAAUUAGUGAAGAGAGCACUACUUGCUAUUUUGGUGUACAUUUUUCCACUAGAACAAAAGAACGACAGAAACUUUGCAAACAUUUGGAAUUAAAUGUUCACCAGAGACCCUGUGGGGCUUUCAGAGACAGAUACAUUGUGCUUUUCUGAAGAUGUGGAAAGCAAAUGUAGAAAAUAACUGGGGUUCAAGUUUUGUAAAGAACUCAAUAAGGACUUAUUUUCUGCCAAUGACCAAACAGCCUAGGUUCUCCUUCUUGUGAUUUUUUUAAAGAGAUAAUGACUAUAUAAUUUAUUUCCACUAAAACCAUUGUGCAGCAUUUCUGUUUAUAGCAGUAACAAUUGUUAAAGCUCACUGUGAUCAAUAUUUUUAUAUCAUGCAAAGUAUGUUUAAAAUAAAAUGGAAAUUGUAUUAUA